AGGACCUCAUAGGGUGGCUAAGAAAAUAGGUGGUGGGUUAAUGAGUCAGUGUGAGCUGGGACACUGACAGAGUCACUGCUGAUGAACACAAGGCAGAAGAGAGAAACAUGGACUACCAGACUGGAUUAUGUUUUCUCACCUUUCUGAUUGUUGUCUUCGGCAUCCCUGAUUCUACUCAAUUCUACUCCGUAAACUUGGACGUUUAUUCGUUUGAAGAAGCUCAGAAAUUAUGUGCAUCUGAUGGCUCUCUGGCUAACAUGCCUGACCAGGAAGAAACUUCAAAGAUUCUGAAAGUCAUUGAGGACAAAAGAGACCAAACCUCUUCCUCAUUUUGGAUUGGACUGAAAAAAGAGAGGACACAGUGUGUUCAGGAAAAUCUUCCACUUAGGGGUUUCUACUGGACUGUAGAUAACAGCACUAAAUUUGAUCUUAAUAAAUGGAAAGAAGAACCAAGUGGUACUUGCACAAAUGCGCUUUGUGGACUACUCUCGGUGGAGUAUAAAGGCUCUACAAUAACCAGCUGGGGAUUAGCUGCUAAGCCCUGCACCAAGAAAUUUCCCUUUAUUUGCAAACAUAAAGGAUCAAGUAAGAACACAGCAUGUCCUUCUAAACCAAAUAUAUUCGGGGCUCAUGAUAUCACAGAAAGAACGAGUGAUCCAUAUACGCUUUGGGUUUCUUGCACUGGCACAGACUUUAUCACACUGACUUGUUCAAGGAGUACUGGUGAAUGGAAGCUGGUAGGUGGAACAGAAAAAGACAUCCACGAGCUUUGUCUUGAAUGUAAAAAUGGCUUCAAAAAAGAUAAAGAUGGAAACUGUGUGGAUGUAGAUGAAUGUAAGCAAACCAAUAAUUGUAAAUUCAAUUGCAUUAACACACAAGGCUCUUAUCACUGUAUGUGUAUUAAUGAUAUGGGGAAUUUUCACAAUGAAGACUCAGAAAUAUGCAAGAAAGCAAAUACGUCCCUGAUCAUUUCAGCCACUGAUCCCACUAACAAAGUCCGGGAUAAACCAACCUCCUCUUCCGUGGACAAGAAGUCUCCUCCUUCAUCUCAACCAACCACUGACACAACUACUGAAAGUGGGGUUAAUAUUGAGGAAAGCACUGGAGACCUGUCAAAUAUUGUCAUCCCUUUAAUUAUAGCUUUGCUGAUCUUUGUGGUGCUGGUUGUGAUUAUUGUGGCCAUUGUGAAAUACUGCCUCAUGAGACGUGCUAGAAAACGGGCAAAGGAAAGGGCAGCAGCCUUGAAAGAAUCAGUUGCUCUGAAUGGAUCAGACUCUAUGGAAAAAGUGAAUGAAUAUUCGGCUUAGCAAAUGGCUUAACUGAAAUGUUUAAUUUAAGUAUACACAUGUCUUUGUGUCCACGUGAGUUUUCUCUGGGUUUCUCUGUUUUGCAUCCAUAUCCCUAAACAUGCUACUAGAUGGACGAUGGACUGACUAGUUUAAAUAGCCCCUUUAAGGUAUGAAUGAGUGUGUGAAUAUGUAUAUAUGUAUGUGAAUGUGUGUGUGUGUGUGUGUGUGUUCCUGCCUCACACCCAAUAUUCCCAGGAUAGGCUCUAGAACCCCUGACCAGGAUAAAAGGACUAAAGAAGAUGAAGAAAUGAACAGUCAUGAAAUAUUGUGAAAGAACUCAGUGGUCUCACUGGCAAUACCUGAAAUGCACUGAAUAUAUAUAAGCCUACCUGUUUAAUUGCUUUUUUAUUCUGGAAAUCAUGCUUUUUAGCUUUGUUUUAGGCUGAUGUAAAUUCUAGAAAUUUUGUAUAAGAGGUGUAAUUUGACAGAGAUUUGAGUUUGCUAUCUCAAAAUUAAUGUAUUUGUAUGAAAGUUCACAGGUCUUUCAAUGAUCUAUAAAGAGAUUUCUUUUUUUAUGUCUGAA